UCACAUGGCCCGCGGGACAAGAUGGCUGCGCCCGCGUUGGGGUCGCUGGGUGGGCGCCGCGCCGCGCUGGCGCUGCUAGUCUUGCUGCCGCAGCUCGUGCCGCGGGGCGGGGCGGCGGCGGGCGAAGAGGCCGGCGCGGGCGCGGGCUCCUGCGGCUGCGGCGCCCCCCAGCGGCCCGGGGCCCCCAGCAGCUCCGCGGCGGCGGCGCACCGGUACUCGCGGGAGGCGAACGCCCCGGGCCCGAGCCCCGGGCAGCGGCCGCAAGUGCCCGCCAAGAUGGUCCCCAUUCCCGCCGGCGUGUUCACCAUGGGCACCGACGACCCCCAGAUCAAGCAGGACGGGGAGGCGCCCGCGCGGAGAGUCACCCUGGACGCCUUUUACAUGGACGCCUAUGAAGUCAGCAACGCGGACUUCGAGAAGUUCGUGAACGCCACCGGCUACCUGACCGAGGCUGAGAGGUUCGGCGACUCCUUUGUCUUCGAGGGCAUGCUGAGCGAGCGGGUGAAGACCGGCAUCCGGCAGGCAGUGGCAGCCGCUCCCUGGUGGUUACCCGUGAAAGGCGCCGACUGGAGACACCCCGAGGGGCCUGACUCGACGGUCGCGCACAGGCCAGACCACCCGGUGCUCCAUGUCUCCUGGAACGACGCCGCGGCCUACUGCGCGUGGGCCGGGAAGCGCCUGCCCACGGAGGCCGAGUGGGAGUACAGCUGCCGGGGGGGCCUGCGCGACAGGCUGUUCCCCUGGGGCAACAAGCUGCAGCCCAGAGGCCGGCACUACGCCAACAUCUGGCAGGGCGAGUUCCCCGUGGUCGACACCGGCGAGGACGGCUUCCGCGGCACCGCGCCCGUCGGCUCCUUCCCGCCGAACGCCUACGGCCUGUACGACGUGGUGGGCAACGUGUGGGAGUGGACCUCCGACUGGUGGGCGGUGCACCACUCCGCCCAGGACGCCCGCAACCCGAAAGGGCCCCCGUCUGGGAAGGACCGGGUGAAGAAAGGCGGCUCCUACAUGUGCCACAAGUCGCGCAUUUCAGCAUCUCCAGCACCUGGCCUUCUGUCUUUCUGCCCCGGUGCAAGGUGACACUCUGCAGGUGGUUGUUGCGGGAAGCGUCCGGGGCAGCUCAGUCCGUCCGGGCCGAGGGAGCCUCAGAACCUCCCGCAAAGCCUCCAAGUUAAGCUGCUCACUGAUCUGGUGACGGCCGCGUCGACAAACUCCGCCCGAACACAGCGGCCCUCAUCGCACACUGGAAUCAUCUGGAAUCGAUAAAAAGACUGACACCUGGGUUCCCUCCUGCCUCAUUCCGAUUUGGUUUCUCGGGAGCGUGCCCGGGGCACCGGGGUCUUUACGUUGUCAGGGCGACGCCGACACGGAGCCACGUCCGGGGCCCGCCGCGUCAGGGACUCGCUGGGGCAGGGGGGCGCGUCUGUUGGGGCGAGAACGUCUUCUGCGUGUCUGGGAGUUUCCGAUCCGCUCACUUAGGAGGGAGUUCCUGGACUUGAGGUCAUCACUUUCUGCUUUACCCCUGCAUUUAUAAGAUGUGGACACAUUUAUCUUUGAAAUUCUCACUUUAGUUUCAAGUUAAAACCAUUGUCCCAGGUCAGCCCAGUACUUUAAAUGUCUGUGUGCGCAUCAGUCUUCGGUCCCAGAUUUCUUCUCUAGCUCACGCUGUCACCGCAAGAACACCGGCACCCUCCUGUCGGGGGCGCAGACUUCCCCGAAAACUGGGGGAAUGAGUCUCUCUUUGCACCACAGUGUCUCGAAACCGUAAUUGCCACCCAUUCUGUCACUGACACGUGGGACUUUUCUUAGUUGGGAACCGAGUUAACGCUGUACAAAUUGAGGGCCAGAAGAUUCUUUCCUCAAGCAACAAUGGGGAGAAUGAAGCGUGUGCAAACGGUGUGAGCACGAACACUAGGGUGCCCCAGUGCCCUCCCGGGAGUGUGUUCCGGAGGGUUUGUGUAGAAGCUACGUGUUUCUUUCUUAAACACGUGGUGGGGCAGAAGGAGGCUCACAGUUGUGAGAGUGGAAAAUAGCACAGUAACAAGUGAGUAAUAGCACAAGAAUAAACCCUCCGUUUUGUGUACUCACAACCGGAAACCCACUUUUCUGUUGGAUAGAAUUCCCCGGGGGAAUGCUUUGGGCCUGGAGUUACGACUCUCGGUUCCAUCUAGUUGUAGCUGCAGGGGUGUGCGGAGCAUCUGUUGCUUCUUGAUUAACGUCGGGGGGGUCUGUGUCUUUCGGGGGCUUUGUUCACGUCCUCCGGGUCACCGAAUCCACCGACGUGGUCUUUGCCUCCCCGCUGGCUGCGCAGACCACUCAUGCUCAGCGAGCGGGUUGUUGGUGUGGCCGGGCUUCAUUUCGGCGUGUUGAUGUUUGUUUUUCUUCCCGUCUCAUCUGUUUUUUCCUAUCCCCCCCCCCCCCCCCUUUUUG